ACAAUUAAAAACUCGAAGUUGCUGAUAAUACUUGAUUAAUAUUAAAAGCAUCAAAUUCUGCCACAAACAAAAGAAAGUAAACAAAAAAUUAAGGAAAAAAAAUCCUUCCAUUACUCUGUAAAGUACCCCAUAAUUCAUCUCCUUUUUGUUCUCUUCUUCUCCUUCUGCUCUGUCCUCCUCGCUUUCUCGUAACUUUCAAAUUCCUAUCCUUUUCAAAGACGGAGCUGGCUAUGACCUACAGUCCAUACCCUGUAUUUAUUAACCUCUCUACUUUUCGAAUUCUCCUAUUUGGUUUCGUUACUUUCGCUUAUCUUUUUUAAAUAGAGAGGUGGAGGUUUGCCGGUUCUUGAAGAAACUCACGGGAUUUCCAUGGAUAAGCCCACCUUCUCUCACUCUGAUCCAAUCCCGAAUCGCUGCUGAGAGAGAGAGAAACGAGGACAAUUCUGUGUUUCCUAAGGGAGCAAAUGGACGGUGUGGAUGGAGCGAGGAGGCGGAGGAGUCUGAAGGAACGGCUGGGAUUGAGGGGGAUAGGUUGCUGUGGAUCCACCUGGGGUUUCGGGGCAACGACGAUGACAGACGACGAGGAUGAAGAAGGUCAACGAGAAGAGGAGGAGGAUGUAGUCUAUGUGGUCCGGGAUCCGCCGGAGAAUAAUUCGGAUCCGGGUUGCGUGGCCCCGAUUAUUUCUGGUUCGGGUAUGAACUUAGCGGCAGCGUUGGCGGCAGAGCGACACUUCCGGGCGUCGCACGAACCGGAGGGAGGGACUGCGACAGUAGCGGGACCCACCGUUAAUAACGUCAUAAGUGCCGAAACUGUAGUUCCCGCACCGGCGACACCGUCGAGGGUGUCGUUGAUGAGACUGCUCGAGGAAACAACGGACGGUGGAGAUGGGGAGGCGGGGGAGAAAGAGAGAGAGAAAGGAGGAGGGGCGGUGGGGAGUGAUUCAGUGUGCUGCGUGUGCAUGGUGAGGAAGAAAGGCGCAGCGUUCAUCCCAUGUGGGCACACUUUUUGCAGGGUGUGUACGAGGGAGUUGUGGUUGAACCGAGGAUCUUGUCCGCUCUGCAACCGUUCGAUCCUCGAGAUCCUCGACAUAUUCUAACAUCAUCGGCUGUGAUACCUCGUAAUUUACGAGAGGUUUUAUUUUCCCAAAGGAAUUCAAAUAUAAUUACGUGUUAUAUGAAUCUCAAUGAAUUUAUUGUUACUUUACUA